AUGCCUCUCAAAGUCUUGCCAGCUACCGAAGCCGAUGCUCAUAGAGCUGCGGCCAUUGAGUCCGUUGCCUAUGGCCCGAGUCCAGUAGGUGCAGUGUUGUUUCCAGGAGGGAGAAGUUCUGAGUCCUCAACAAGAGUCGCGGAUCUCAUUGCCGAUCUCCGAAAGGAUGCGGCCUGUCGAUGGGCUAAAGUCAUCGAUACUGAUAUAGAGAAAGAGGAAGACCAGAUGAUUGCCUUUGCUAUGUGGUAUAUCUGGGAGAGUCCACCAACAGAGGAGCAGCAUUCUUUCUCUUCUUAUCGGGGGCCGAGCUGUAAUGCAGAAGCAUGCGAGCUCUUCUUCGGAGGCAUGGACAGCAUGAGGGUGAAUUACAUGAAAGGAAAGCCAUAUGUUUACCCAAAGCACCACAGACGUGGAGCAGCCUCCCUGUUGCUCAGUUCGGGCCUUGCGGAAGCUGAUCGUCUGGGCCUUCCGGCAUGUUUAGAAUCCUCAGUACAAGGACGAAAGCUUUAUGAGAGAUUUGGCUUCGAGGAAGUAGAUAGUCAUACGUCUGACUUUUCAAGCUGGGGUGGUCCAUCAGAUGUCACAGUUCCUCUGAUGAUUCGUCCUGUUGGAGGCCGACCAAUUAGUAAAGAGGGUCAGUAA